CUGUAAUACAUCUCCAUCGCAUUCUCUUGACUAAAAGCUACGCUUUUAAGAUGUUCUAGCAUGUAUUUCUUAGAUUGGCUAUGUCUUUGCUUGCAUGUCGCGCGAGUAGGCAUGCGUUCGGAGUCCGCGUACUCGGUUAGCCGACCCCAGACCGUUUGCACAGCCAUUUCCCAGGCCUCAGAACAUAAGAAUGCAAGCAGAUAAAUCACCGCGUACUCCAAUAAAGGCUGCGUUACCUGGACAAUUCGAUCAGCAAAACAUUUCUCACUCGAUAUUUCAUUUCAUUUCAUUCUUUUUCAACAUGCGUUCCUCACUUCAACUCUUGUCACUCCUUCUCACAUUUAGCCCUAACGCGCUGGUCGCAGCCAAACUCGAUGUCAAUGAUCAAAACUCGAUCAAAAAUAUAUCUAGCACAGCAGCCAGCGCAAUCAUAAAAUCAUACAAAUAUGGCCUGGAGCAGUAUAGAAUCACGGGAUUGUUCGAAAUUCUGGAAGAAGAAUAUCUCUGGGGUGCGACAGGGGAGAUUUGGAAUUCCAUGCUCGAGUACAGCCAUCUCACGGGCGAUACUCAAUUCAAUGAAGCAGUCGCAUCUGGACUGCUCCACCAGACUGGUGAAAGGAUAGUGGCGUUUAUGCCUGAGAACCAAACCAAGAUCCUUGGGAAUCGUGAUCAGAGUCAAUGGGGUCUGGCUGCCAUGACCGCUGCAGAAAUCAACCUCGAUAUACCAAAAGACGCACAAAAUCUCAAGGGCCCUGAAAGCCCCCCAGUCACUAGCUGGCUCGAUCUCGCAAAAACCGUCUUUGACACGCAACUUGAGCGCUGGGGAUCAGAAGAGUGUAGCGGUGGCUUGCACGCACAAAUCUUUCCUUACAAUAACGGCUUUACAAUCAAGAGCACCGGGGAAAACGGAAACUUUUUGCUCCUUGCUGCUCGCCUGGCUCGAUUUACUGGGAACAAGACGUAUGUUGAAUGGGCGGAGAAAUCCUUUGAAUGGUCCAAAACGGUUGGAUUGGUCAAGGACUUCCGCGUGCUAGACAGCAGCGAUAUAAGGGAUAAUUGCACGAUGAAGAAUGAUGUGGAGUGGGCUGCAUAUCAUGCCGCGUAUACCGAAGCAUCUGCCAUCAUGUAUAAUAUCACAAACGCCACAGAACCUUGGAUAACAGCAAUCGACGGCUUCGCAAACACCUCAAGCGCCUUCCUGCACGAAGAAAAACUCUACGACAUCGCCCACGACCAACAAAAAUACGACCCAGAAACCAUCGGCCUAUUCUCCAAAACGGUAGUUACACGAUCCUACGCGCGAGCGAUGAAAGCAGCACCGCACGUCUCCGAGAAGCUACAGAAGAUUGUGAGUGCUGCGGCCGUGCAGUGCGCUACCCCGUGGGAAGAGAAGAUGGGAUCGGGGAACACGACGGUGAAUGGUUCAAUUGAGCUGUUGGAAGGGGCUGUUAAUGCGCUUGCCGCUACGCAGGCUUUGUUGUGGCCGCAGGCGAAGGCGUUGGCGCCGGAUGUUUCGAACUCCACAAAUUCGACAACGGCGGAUGAGGGCGGUGCGACAUCUGGUGCGGAUGCGAAUAAGCCGGGUGCCAGUGGGAAUGCGGAGAGUCCGAAGCCAGAGGCAGGGAAAUCGGGCGCACCAGGACAACCGGGGCUGUCUCUAGGUCUUCUUGUUGGUCUUUUGGGGGCUGCGAUAAGUUUGUUGUAG